GAUUGGUUGAUCGGCGUUUCAAGCAUACUAACAGCGUUGGGUCGUUUCGGCGCUUGUCACUUCUCUUCUCAAGUGUUAAUUGAGAUUUACACGAAUAGGUCAGCGAAGAGCUGUUUAGGCGUUUUUAUCUCACAGCGUUUUAUCUACGCAGAGUAAAGUGAAAUUGUCCACCGCGAGGACCCCGUUUUGGAAUACUGAAUCAGAUCGUUGGCUCAUGAACGGGUUUCUCUCGCUGUCCAGAGCAGAGAGAAAUGGAAACCCCGGAAUGGAACUCCAGAAGAAUCAAUAUAGAACGCCUUGAUCUGGGAGGGAAAAAUCUCUGCCGCUCCGCUUUCAAAAUUCACAGACGUGGUUCCAGUCCUGCUUUGCUUUCAGUCUGCGCGUUUCUCGGUGGCGCGUGAAGCUUGAUGUUUUGACUUCUUAUUAGUUAAUAAAUAUACAAACUAAAUUAUCCUAUUUUGGCCUGAAACCUACUGUAAGUUACCGGAUACGAAGUACUUGUUUAUUUAACUUGUAUAACACAAUGGUGCAGUAGUACUGAUGCUGCUAAUGGUACAGCAGCACUCUUUUUCCAGUGUCAUUUCUUAAAUGGCAUAUUAACCGUACGCAAAGGCUCAGUCUUAAAGCGAGUUUAAUGAAAAGUAACAAUAUGAAUAAUAAGUAAGAUUAAGUAGGCUCAUUAUAUCAUUCAUUCACGGACUCUGGCUUUUAUGGCUCCACAAACGAGUUCGCAUCCAUCCAUCUGAAUCUACAUAUGGCGGAGCGUCAGUUCAUCAUCUCUACCACAAGCACCUGCUCACACAUCCAACUGACCGACUACUAGCGCGAGGCUGGGGCUGCGGCUGUCCUCAGAGAUCGAGCGAACAUUUUCACACGGGAGUCGGACGCUGGAAACGCGUCGUGGAACCUCAGACCGCGUCAUACGCCGCAGCCCGUACAUACGCGCGAUAGAUGUGAAGUUCGUUCCUUUGAACACGAGCGCUGUUAUUUAGACGUCGUGCUCCGUUCAGAGCCGUGAGAGGUUUCAUUAACGGACUGUCACGGCUGAACGGAUUUGAUGGAUCACCUAUCCCGUGCAUUUCCUCGAAGCGGGCGACCAUACAGCGCGCGCUUUGUCUUAUUGAAAUGAUUCUUGGAUAACGCUCGGUAAAACACCUGCUUGAAAACCGCGCACUUAUCCUCAGCACAGUGAGAGCAGGACAUCGUGAGGUUCCUCGAGUAACAGGAUGAUGGUCUGCGCGUCUUGGCAACACGCUAUGCAUUCAUCUUUACUUUGUGGAUGUCGGAGCGACUAAACCCAGAGGUGUCCUGUGAACCCGAAGCCCGCUGAUUUAACCCAAGUUUUGGUUGCAUUUAAACUGUUUAGUCGUGACCAUGCCGGUCAGUGCAAUGCCGAGGGGUCGCUCUCUGAGCCCGGUAUCUCUGUCCCGCAGUCUCUCCCGGCUGAGGGAGUUUCGAACCCGGACUCGCAUCAUGCUUUCUCUGGGAGUUUCACAGAUGGUGCUCGGGAGUCUCAUUUUGGCUGUCAGUUUCGCCGCUUUGGCCCUUACUACAUCUCCGAGGGUGAGACAUUCGUGUCCCUUUUGGGCUGGAUUCUCGGUUCUUUUGUCUGGACUGAUUGGAGUGGUGUCAUGGAAAAGGCCCCUUUCUUUGGUGAUAACUUUCUUCAUGCUGUUGUCUGCUGUGUGUGUGAUGCUGAACCUCGCAGGAGCCAUCCUUUCCUGUCAGAAUGCCCAGUUGGUCAACUCUCUGGAGGACUGUCAGCUGAUCAAAUUUGACAGUGAUGGUGUGUGUGUCUGCUGUGAGCUCGAGCACAUGAAAUCCACCUGUAAUAAUCUUGGAGAUACGCUUAAACUCAACCCGCUGAGGGACUGCAACACCAUACGUCUCCGACUGAAGGAGCUGCUUUUCAGCGUGUGUGCACUGAAUGUUAUCUCCACCAUUGUGUGCGCUCUGGCCACUGCCGUGUGCUGUAUGCAAAUGGUUUCUACUGAUUUACUACAGAUGUUCAUGCCACACAGAGCACGUGCCUUGAGCGCCGACUGUAUGACCCCUCACGGUACCAUCUUACACCAGACGCUGGAUUUCGACGAGUUCAUCCCACCCAUCCCUCCUCCUCCCUACUACCCCCCAGAGUACACCUGCACACCUAUAAUGGAGGGCCAGAGAGGGUUGCAUCUGGACUUUCCACACUCUCCCUUCAGUGCUAUUUAUGGGGUGCCUAUUAACAGCCCUGGGGCUCUAUAUCCAUCUGAGCUGCCACCACCCUAUGAAUCUGUUGUAGGACAGACACCUGCCAGCCAGAUCACCACCAGUCUUGAGCAACAGGUCACUGAGUCCAGUCUGUGUGAAAGGAACACCACAGCUGGCCUUAGCACUCAGGCCUCUGUUGAUAGUGCUUCCCUUAUGGUGUCCGAGACUGCAGACAUCCCUGAUCACAGUUGUUCCUCUGAAGACCUGUGUUCUUUAGAGGUACAGGGCUCUGAUUACUCUCCGUAUGGCACUUUGCGCAUCGUACCUACUGACGGCAGUUGCACAAGCCUGGAACACAGCACCCACUCUUCCCUGAGGCGGCAGACCCCUGCUCGACUGGACCGCAGCGAGUCCUCUGUCACGCAGGAUUCAAAGCCCCACUCUCCACAGUUGUCACCCGAUGCUGUUAACGUACCCGAGAAGGAGGAGAUUACAGGCGUUAAACCCAUGUCUCGCACACAGCACAGAGAACGAACCAAUAAGAAGCUUACCCUUCUUUUCCCUCCAAGCACUGCAUCCCAAUGUGCUUCCAACUCAGCAGUGACCUCCACUGCCGGGGCAUCUUCUGCUCUGACCCCCUCCACCUGCACCUCCCCGUCACCCACCGCUCAGCUGCGGGGAUCCCGGCUAUGCUUCAGCGUCUGGUCCCCAUCAUCCUCUUCCUCACAGCCCCAUGCUACCUCUGCCCUCAGCAACUCCAGUCAACGUGAGCGGCCCCGUACACUCCGUGCCACCAAAGGGUAUCGGAAGCUGGCAAGGAUUGUGCGUUCCACUAGUGAACCCAUAUCCUGUACUUCCAUAUCUAGAAGUGACCGUUGUGCUCCUGCUUCUAACCAUCCACCUGACGACUCCCCACAGACUCCUUGUGAACAAGCAUGCAUGGAGCUCUCUGAAAGCACCCAACCACCUUCUGCCAAACACAGCAGCCAAGGGGGCAAGAAGCAGAAGGACAGUGGAAAGGUGGACAUCCAACUCAAACCUCACAUCCCUCACUCAAUGUCUACAGAACGGCCGCAAUCUCUCGCAGACCUCAAAACUUACAAAGACACCAAAGUGCUGGUGGCCAAGUUUCUGGAGCACUCGAGCUGCAGUCUACCUCCAGAGGUCCAGCAGGUGGUCAACAGCAUUAAAUGUGUUAUUAAAUCUGAUGAGAAACACAUGGAGGAGGCCAUAUUCAGUGCCAAUAUCAUUGAUCAGUUGAUGACACAGUCACAGAAGAUCACGAGGAAGCACGCUCACGAAGAUCUGCAUUUACAGAGCUGCGGAGCUUUGAGUUCCCCAUCCUCAUCUUCGCGCCGUCCACCCAGAGGAUCCAGUCAGACAGAUGUGCCUGCCACCCUGGGUCAUCAAUCUCCAUGCCAGCCUCAAAGUCUCAUUAGUGUAUGCAGAGAAACUACACUUUGACCCUCUGGAAUAAAAACUCCCUUUUCCUCAUAAACCUCUGAAUAUGUGCCAAGGCCGAGUCCUAACUUUCAUCAGCAGAAAACUGUAGCUCUUGAAAAACAAAAACAAACAGCGAGUUAACAUGGAGUUGACACUCCCUCAUAAUAAAGAUACUCAAAAAACACCUGCAGGGGUGCAUAUUUUUAUUUCAUUGUCAGAAAAAAAUUAAAUAUUUGUUGAAGUGUUGAAUUUGCUACUGUGAUAAAUAGGAGAGUGGGUCUGUAACGGACUGUAGAAGAUGACAUGGAUUUACCUCUUCACUAAACUUUUUUUUUUUUUUUUAAAUGAGAAUUAACAUUGAAAUGCACAGCUUCUGCAAACAUUUUGUGAAAUAUUGGACAUACUGUACUUGGUCAUUAUGUGCCACUGCAGGACAGAGACCUUUAUGAAGCUGGAUUAUUCAACUUACCUCAGUGUGUAAUUAUUAUUUUCAGUGUUGCAAAAUAAAAAAAUGUGUCUGUUUGUA